AGAAUAAUGCAUCUACGACCAGUGAUCAGUCACGUCGAUCCAGUCAAUUACAUUAUCACAAUAACACAAGUAAUUAUUAUUCACAACAAGUGAAUGGUCAACCACACCAAUCUUUUCCUACGUAUCCUAUUAAUUGUUUAAGGAGGUCUCCUGGAAUCUGCCUUAAAUUCCUUCCUUCUUGGUCAAAUGUCUCCAAAUACGGGUUAAAUCCAAGCAAUGGACUUUUGGUACCAAACCUGUAUGCCAGGAGGCAAGCCAAAAGGAGAUCAUCUCCUAUCAAUGGUGAAGGUACAAAUUCAACUGGAUCUUCAAACUCGGGGAUGAACUCUCGUCAAAGGAAUCGGUCGUGGUCACAAAACUCUAUUUCCGGUGUAAUCAACUCUUCUCGAACUGACUGCCUUGACGCGGAACAAGAUUUCAAACAAGAUGAUAUUGGUUGGCAAGAUAUGUGGAGUUUUCAUCCUUCCGGAAUAUUAACAUUACAUCGGAUUUGGAUGGAAUGCGUGGUAGUAGGCGAACAAGCAUCUCGACAGGGAAAAGAAGAAUCGAGCAAUAAGAAUCUAAUUACUGUGGCCGGUACGCCAUUAUCUGGAAGUGCUGCAGCCGUUGCCAACGUGGGUAGGGUUCUGGUGGGUGGAGCAGCCGGCGUGGUUGGUGGAAUUACCGGUGCUGUUAGAAAAGAGGCUGGUUCAUUGGAUAUGAUGACUAGUUAUGAAGACAUUGCUGAAUGGCAAGUCAUGCGUGGUGCUUCCUGGGACGAGGUAAAAAACGUCAUUGAAUCGCAUAAAAGUUCUGACGGAGAAACUUCGGUUAACAGAGAUGGAAGCAAUAGGUGGUUAGCCAAUGCAGAGAUUGCAACUCAUACCAGUUCGAAAAUUUCAUUACCUCCACCAUUAUGGGCUACUCCUCAGUUCACAUUUCAAACAUUUUUGCCCGGCUACAAGGAUUCCUUAAUUAAAGGAGAAACUCCCCGCUCAAAAAAGAUCGAAGUACGCAGGGAUGUUGUGGAAAGGGUUGAGUUAGUUGAUGAAGGGCAAGAGAUCGAUGGAUGGAUUGAUAAUAAAGAAAACAUCAAUGGCUAUGGUAAGACUAGUAAAGCCAUCCUAGUUCCUGCUGGUAAGGCUAUUGGUAAAGGAAUGGGAGAUAUAUCCGCAAACCUGUCAACAGCAAUGCGUACAUCUCUUGACUUUGUACCUUCUAGCCCGACGCUUUCUGCAAUUAGCACAAAAUCCAGAGAUCGUAUGUCUAACGGAUUUACCAAUGGGUAUUCUCAACAAAUAACCGGUGAGAUGACAAUGACACCCUUGUCUUUCGAGGAUGCAUACCAUAUCCAUAUAGCAAACAAUAUUCCUAAUACAUCGGCUUCUACUUUGCCCCAACCUUCGCUUUCUUCUUCAAAUAUCUCAAAACCCCUUAAAUUUAAUAGCAAUAAAAAUAAUAUACAAACUGUCGCAUUCUCCCCGUUAACAUCCACCAUCACCACCACAAAUGAACAACUUUCCUUCACUCGAUCGAUCUCUUCCGCCUCCUUAUCCUCCGAAAAAACUUAUAGCGACGAUAUAGAUUUCAAUAAAGAAAUGGAUCCUGAAAAGGAUGACGCCGGUGAAGGCGGGAAUUUCUUUUUUUCUCCCGAUGGCGACAAUGAAAUGGAGACGCCCAGUGACAGCGUGAUAGAAUCAAUCCAUGGUGGUAAACAUACUAAUGGCUGGUUUUAA